UUAAGUUGGCGUCGAGCAGCCGCCGGUCCGAGUCUGCCGAACCAACAAGGCAGCCGUGAGAAAAUACUUCAGAUUGACCUCUGCCCUCAACUCUGCCACUUGCAACUGUAAAGCAAUGUUUUCACCAUCUCCACCUUCUUCUUUUGCAACCCAAACGUAUAUGCCAACCACCGGGGCUCUCUUUUCAACCCCCCCGAAGGCUAAACUUGGACGGCAACGUCCCGCUGCAUCUCCAUCCUCACAGCAGCAUGGACUCGGAUAUUUUGCCUUUCCGGAAGGAACGACAACCCACGCCGCCAACUUGCUCGCACCGCCGCCUGCGCGCGCGGUCGUAGAAGAGGAAACGUCUUAUGAUGAACAGAAAUCUAACGAGUAUCUGGAAGGGCUGAAACGGCAGGCCGAACUGCAGAGAGCGGCAGAGAAGGCUGAGGCACUUCGCGGGGAGGAGAACUGGGUGCGGAACGGUGGUUUACUCCGGGAUGCUGAUGGAAACAGGGAUUACGCCAGAACGAACGCGAUACAGGAGGAGCUGAAACUUCGGGAUCUUGAGGAAAGCCUGGUCAACCGCUGGAACGUGUACGAGAAGGGAUGGCAGGAUCUGAUGUCCUCCAACGGUCCUCUUCGGUUUUCAGACAUACCGUGGCCGGUUGAUGCUGUUUCUUCUCCCCAGUUGUCAAAGGAUCUAGGUCCUACACCAUUGAAACUGGGCGACAUCACGAUGGCAAAGGUUGAGGACUUCUUGCUGGGUGGUUUGAGAGUGAGAGGCUGCACUGUGACCAGGAAGGAACGGAUCAGAAAUUCUUUAUUGCGGUGGCAUCCCGAUAAAAUGACGGCGAUCCUGUCAAGGGUCGUACAAGAGGAUAUCUGCGAUGUCGAGAACGGCAUCGGCAUUGUUGUUCGGUGCUUGCAUCACCUCAAUUCAAAAGACGUGUCAUGAUUGGGAUGCUCGGCUUUUCGUUUUCACUAGCAGCCAGCGCUAAUAUCGUCCGGCAGUUGCUGUGUUUGCUAUCUUGAAGUAUUCCACGGAGUCAGGGGAGUAGGAAACGACGUGAGAUCCAAUCUCCUCAGAAACCAACUGCCGAUAUGGCCGGGGUGCCUUUACAUCAUCUGUGAUCAGUGCACCGACACGACAGCAUCCUCAGAAUUUCCUGUUCCCCUAGGGUUCUCAGCCUGUCUUAUGUCUUGCCUCGAUAUUCACACGGAGCUCUGUCAAAUCGGCCUAAAUGAUGCACUCUUCCCUUUUGACCGAUAUUCCUUUGAGUAUUGUGGCGC